UAAAAAAGCGGAAGCCAGAAGUUUGAACCAUUUGCAUCCAUAGGGGCGAACUAUGUCUUCGUCUCCGCGGGUGAAGGUACGUGAGCACGCGGACACGGUGUACGUCUCUGUGGAGGCGGCCAUCGCCCUGGCGUCGGUGGUGGGUAACGUGCUGGUGGUGCUGGUGGUGUGCGUGAACCGGGCCCUGCGGAACACCACCUUCUGCUUCAUCGUGUCCCUGGCGGUGGCCGACAUCGCGGUGGGCGUCCUGGUGAUCCCGCUGGCCGUCACCAUCAGCCUGGGGAUCAGUACGCAGUUCUACACGUGUCUGUUCCUGUCCUGCCUGCUCGUGAUCAUAACGCAGGGUUCCAUCUUGUCGCUCCUCUCCAUCGCCAUCGACCGCUACCUGAGGGUCAAGAUACCCACCAGGUACAGCACCAUCGUGACGGAGAGGCGUGCGUACGUGGCCGUGUGCCUGUGCUGGGUGCUCUCCUUCCUGACGGGCCUGGUGCCUAUGGUGGGCUGGAACAACCGGCACGUCCUGGGCAACCUGAGCGGCUCCGACUACAUGAUGUGCGAGUUCACAGCAGUCAUGCGGAUGGACUACAUGGUCUACUUCAACUUCUUCGGCUGGGUGGUGGCGCCCCUGGCCGUCAUGAUCGCGCUGUACGUCGAGAUCUUCCGCGUCAUCCGCCGGCAGCUCAACCGCCGGGCCGAGGCCACGUCGGAUGGCGAGCGCUACUACCGGAAGGAGCUGAAGCUAGCCAAGUCCCUGGCAUUGGUGGUGUUGCUCUUUGCCGUGUGCUGGCUGCCGCUUCACAUCGUCAACUGCGUCGAGUUCUUCCACCCGGGCCGCUCUACGCCCAAGAUGGCCGUGUACGCGGGCAUCUUCAUGUCGCACGUCAACUCGGCACUCAAUCCGCUGGUGUACGCCUUCCGAAUAAAGCGCUUCCGGGUCACGCUGCUGGAGGUGGCGCGGGGCUGCGUGGCGUGCCGGGGCGGCGCCAGGGCUAGCCCGUUUCCGGGCACCAUUCCAGCCCUCACCGAGAAAGUGGACACUGACUUGCCGCAAGGUCUGCAGCCUGUAGAUGGCGUCAAGUGAGGCGCUAGUAGCUUUGAAUGCGGGCCCGUUUAUGGACACAAAGCAGUGGUUCUCUAACUGGGGUCCCCGAACUUCCAAAGGGUCCACGAGCCGUAGUAUGGGGUCUGCAAAAUAUAGUGGUACUUUGAUUUAUGAGUGAUUUUUUUUAGAUAAGAUUUUGCUUGUGUUUCAUGGUUUAUGGGUGUUUUUUUGGGGGGGCCUCUUGGAAAAGUAAUUUCGGUCCUCUGUAUGUUCCACAUAUAUUGGGGACUGACAAUAAAAUGCUACCAUAACAGAGAUGAUAGCGGAGAACGCAACUCAAUUUGCAACAACCAGUAGUUUGGCACAUCAUGAAAUAUUCUUCCAAAAAUAAAGGCGUCAAGCUGUUUACUGACACUCCCCGUUAACGUUUAAUGUCAAACUAAACAAACAAACAAAAAACAGAAUUACACAUUUUGGAAUGCCGGGUCCCAAAAAGUUUGAAAACUUUAAUGUUGAAGCAUUGAAGGACUUCAACAUGGGGUUAAUUUUAAGCCAUAUGCCAGGGGCCACAUAUGCCUCACAAGCCAUAGUUUCCCAUUUACAUAUUUGCAAAGUACAUAUAGACAAGCACGCAUUCACACUCAAAUUCACACCGAUGGACAAUUUUGAGCCUUCAUAAAUGUUUUUGGAAGUUUUUGUACAAACGAUACAGAAGCGCAGGGAGAACGCGCAAACUCCACACAGGAAGGCCAGAGCUGAGUUUCGAACCCUAAACCCGAGAGCUGCGAGACAGACGAGCUCACUGCUCGUCCACCAUUUCCAUCAUCUGUAUGGUUACUUUUAAAUGAUUGAUUUUUCACUUGAUUCACAUUGAAUUGCAAUACACGGAACGCGUGCACAGUGGUAUGAGAGUCAAGACACAGCUCAUAUGGCGAGUGCAGGUGUGCCUAAUGAGCUGUCCAGUGAGUGUAUGUAUACGUGUGCAGAGACAAGACUUUACCAGAAUAAAAGAAAACAUUUGUUCGGCCAUCACUGUGUUCUCUUAUUUCAUGUAUGCUUGAGUGACAAAAUUCUGAAUGUUAACAUAACAAGCACUCAAAAGUG